CACCUCUGCAUCAGAAGAAGCCAAUAAAAAUCCCCAUGCAAAUGAAUUUACUUUGCAAGGGGACAGACCACUUGAGAAAACUGCAGAAAAUGCAGAGGAGCAGAGUGAUAAGUCAUCCGUUCCAGUAGAUUCAAAAGCAUGUAAAGAUGUUGGUGGAAAGCAAAAGGAAGGGGAUGUCCGACCUAAAUCCUCUAGCUUAAUCCACCGGACAGCCUCUGCCCACAAGUCAGGCAGGAGAAGGACAGGGAAAAAACGGGCCAGCAGUUUUGAUUCAAGUCGGCAUAGAGACUAUGUUUCCUUUCGAGGUGUUUCUGGUACCAAACCACAUAGUGCUAUAUUUUGUCAUGAUGAGGACUCUAGUGAUCAAAGUGACUUGAGUAGAGCAUCCAGUGUUCAGUCUGCUCACCAGUUCAGCAGUGAUAGCUCUUCUAGCACUACUUCUCACUUGUGUCAGUCUCCUGAGGGCAGAUACAGUGCUCUAAAGACCAAACACAUCCAUAAAGAAAGGGGCAUAGACUCUGAACACACACACAAGGCUAAUUUGGGUCCUGAAGGAACUGGCAAGAAGCGGGCAGCACGACGGACUUCCAGCACAAAUAGUGCCAAGACUCGUGCCCGAGUGUUGAGCUUGGACAGUGGCACAGUAGCAUGUUUGAACGACUCAAGUAGGCUGAUGGCACCUGAAAAUAUAAAACCUUUAACCACUUCAAAAUCAGAUCUCGAGGCCAAAGAAGGAGAGGUGCUAGAUGAGCUGUCUCUGUUGGGACGGGCUUCCCAAUUAGAGACAGUCACUCGAUCUAGGAAUAGCUUGCCAACCCAGGUUGCAUUUCCGGAAGGGGAAGAGCAAGAUGCAGUCAAUGGAGGUAAGUUUUCUUCUGCGCUCUAUGAGACUGGUGGCUGUGAUAUGUCACUUGUGAAUUUUGAACCAGCAGCAAGAAGAGCAUCCAAUAUCUGUGACACGGAUUCUCAUGUAUCCAGUUCUACCUCAGUUCGAUUUUAUCCACAUGAUGUGCUCUCUCUCCCACAGAUUCGAUUGAAUAGACUAUUGACCAUUGAUACAGAUUUGUUGGAGCAACAGGACAUUGAUCUAAGCCCUGACUUGGCAGCUACUUAUGGUCCAACAGAAGAAGCUGCCCAAAAGGUUAAACACUAUUACCGCUUUUGGAUCCUGCCCCAACUAUGGAUUGGCAUUAACUUUGACAGACUCACACUUUUGGCCCUGUUUGAUAGAAAUCGUGAGAUCCUGGAAAAUGUAUUAGCUGUCAUCCUGGCUAUUCUUGUGGCUUUUUUGGGAUCUAUUCUUCUCAUACAAGGCUUCUUCAGAGAUAUCUGGGUCUUUCAGUUCUGCCUGGUCAUAGCCAGCUGUCAGUACUCACUACUUAAGAGUGUUCAACCAGAUUCUUCUUCUCCAAGACAUGGUCAUAAUCGUAUCAUUGCCUACAGUAGACCAGUUUAUUUCUGUUUAUGUUGUGGUCUUAUUUGGCUCUUGGAUUAUGGUAGCAGAAAUCUUACUACAACCAAGUUCAAAUUAUAUGGAAUAACUUUCACCAAUCCAUUGGUAUUUAUAUCAGCCAGGGAUUUAGUUAUAGUGUUUACACUCUGUUUCCCGAUAGUAUUUUUCAUUGGUCUCCUGCCUCAGGUGAAUACAUUUGUAAUGUACCUUUGUGAGCAAUUGGAUAUUCAUAUCUUUGGUGGUAAUGCUACUACAAGCCUGCUUGCAGCACUUUACAGUUUUAUCUGUAGCAUUGUGGCAGUAGCCUUGCUGUAUGGAUUGUGCUAUGGAGCGUUAAAGGAUUCUUGGGAUGGCCAGCAUAUUCCAGUACUUUUUUCUAUUUUUUGUGGUUUGUUAGUGGCAAUAUCCUACCAUCUCAGCCGACAAAGCAGUGAUCCGUCUGUACUUUUCUCUUUGGUGCAAUCCAAGAUUUUUCCAAAAACAGAAGAGAAAAAUCCAGAAGACCCUCUGUCUGAAGUAAAAGAUCCACUGCCUGAAAAACUUAGAAAUUCUGUUAGUGAGCGUUUACAGUCUGACCUAGUAGUAUGCAUUGUAAUUGGUGUGCUGUAUUUUGCUAUUCAUGUAAGCACAGUGUUCACAGUAUUGCAGCCUGCUCUCAAGUAUGUGUUGUAUGCAUUGGUUGGCUUUGUGGGAUUUGUCACCCAUUAUGUGCUGCCUCAAGUUAGAAAACAGCUCCCGUGGCACUGUUUCUCUCAUCCUCUGCUGAAGACAGUGGAGUAUAAUCAGUAUGAAGUUCGAAAUGCAGCCACUAUGAUGUGGUUUGAGAAACUUCAUGUGUGGCUUCUUUUUGUGGAGAAGAAUAUUAUCUAUCCAUUGAUUGUUCUCAAUGAACUUAGUAGCAGUGCAGAGACAAUUGCUAGUCCAAAAAAACUGGACACAGAAUUAGGUGCUUUAAUGAUCACCAUUGCUGGUUUGAAGUUGCUACGAUCCUCUUUUAGCAGCCCUACAUAUCAGUAUGUCACAGUCAUCUUUACUGUGCUCUUCUUCAAAUUCGACUAUGAAGCUUUUUCAGAGACCAUGCUGUUGGAUCUCUUCUUCAUGUCCAUACUCUUCAGCAAGCUUUGGGAACUCCUUUUUAAGUUGCAGUUCGUGUACACCUACAUUGCCCCAUGGCAGAUUACAUGGGGUUCUGCUUUCCAUGCUUUUGCUCAACCCUUUGCAGUACCCCAUUCAGCCAUGUUGUUCAUCCAGGCUGCUGUGUCAGCCUUCUUUUCUACUCCACUGAACCCCUUUCUGGGAAGUGCAAUAUUCAUCACUUCAUAUGUUCGACCUGUGAAAUUCUGGGAGAGAGACUAUAACACAAAACGAGUGGAUCAUUCAAAUACCAGAUUGGCUUCCCAGCUUGAUAGAAAUCCAGGAUCAGAUGACAACAAUCUGAAUUCCAUCUUUUAUGAACAUUUAACCAGAUCCCUACAGCACAGUAUCUGUGGUGAUUUGCUGUUAGGACGGUGGGGAAACUACAGUACAGGAGACUGUUUCAUCCUGGCUUCUGACUAUCUCAAUGCGUUAGUGCACCUGAUAGAGAUAGGGAACGGUCUGGUCACUUUCCAGUUGCGGGGACUUGAGUUCCGAGGUACCUACUGUCAACAACGGGAAGUGGAGGCCAUUACUGAAGGUGUUGAAGAAGAUGAAGGAUUUUGCUGUUGUGAGCCCGGCCAUAUUCCUCAUGUGCUUUCAUUUAAUGCUGCAUUUAGCCAGCGCUGGCUAGCUUGGGAAGUGAUAGUCACUAAGUAUAUUCUGGAGGGUUAUAGCAUCACUGAUAAUAGUGCUGCUUCUAUGCUUCAAGUCUUUGAUCUUCGGAAAGUACUCACUACUUACUAUGUCAAGGGUAUCAUUUAUUAUGUUACAACCUCCUCUAAAUUAGAGGAGUGGCUAGCUAAUGAGACAAUGCAGGAAGGACUACGUCUUUGUGCAGAUCGAAAUUAUGUCGAUGUGGACCCAACAUUUAAUCCAAACAUUGACGAAGACUAUGAUCAUCGACUAGCAGGCAUCUCCAGGGAGAGUUUCUGUGUGAUUUACCUCAACUGGAUAGAGUAUUGCUCUUCCCGAAGAGCAAAGCCCCUGGAUGUGGACAAAGAUUCAUCCCUGGUGACUCUUUGUUAUGGACUCUGUGUUCUGGGACGAAGAGCUUUAGGUACUGCAUCCCACCACAUGUCCAGUAACUUAGAGUCAUUCCUCUAUGGAUUGCAUGCCCUAUUUAAAGGAGAUUUCCGUAUUUCUUCAAUUCGAGAUGAAUGGAUCUUUGCUGACAUGGAAUUGCUAAGAAAAGUAGUAGUCCCUGGAAUCCGUAUGUCCAUCAAACUUCAUCAGGAUCAUUUCACUUCUCCAGAUGAGUAUGAUGACCCCACUGUGCUCUAUGAAGCCAUUGUAUCUCAUGAAAAAAACCUCGUAAUAGCCCAUGAAGGGGACCCCGCAUGGCGGAGUGCAGUCCUUGCCAACUCUCCCUCCUUGCUUGCUCUGCGACAUGUCAUGGAUGAUGGCACCAAUGAAUAUAAAAUCAUCAUGCUCAACAGACGCUACCUGAGCUUUAGGGUUAUUAAAGUAAAUAAGGAAUGUGUCCGAGGUCUUUGGGCAGGGCAACAGCAGGAGCUUGUUUUUCUACGUAACCGUAACCCAGAGAGAGGUAGCAUCCAAAAUGCAAAGCAGGCUUUGAGAAACAUGAUAAACUCAUCUUGUGAUCAACCUAUUGGAUACCCAAUCUUUGUCUCACCCCUGACAACUUCUUAUUCUGAUAGCCAUGAACAGCUUAAAGAAAUUUUGGGGGGACCUAUCAGCUUGGGAAAUAUCAGAAACUUCAUAGUGUCAACGUGGCAAAGGCUAAGGAAAGGUUGCGGGGCUGGAUGUAACAGUGGUGGCAAUAUUGAAGAUUCUGAUACUGGAGGUGGAACUUCCUGCCCUGGUAACACUACAACAACUGUCAGUGAUCCCCACAGUAGUGUGUCCCAGGGAAGCACUGGAAAUCCCGGGCAGGGAUCAGGAGGUGGACUCCAUCCGCCUGUCACGUCUUAUCAUCCACCACUAGGCACUAGCCACAGCUCUCACUCUGUACAGUCAAGCCUGGUCAGACAGUCGCCUGCACGGGCCUCAGUAGCCAGUCAGUCUUCCUACUGCUACAGCAGCCGGCAUUCAUCUCUCCGAAUGUCCACCACGGGAUUUGUGCCUUGUCGGCGCUCUUCCACAAGUCAGAUAUCACUUCGAAACUUGCCGUCCUCCAUCCAGUCCCGCCUCUCUAUGGUGAACCAGAUGGAACCCUCCAGUCAGAGCGGCGUGGCCUGUGUGCAGCAUGGCCUUCCUUCUUCCAGCAGCUCCAGCCAAAGCAUCCCAGCCUGCAAGCAUCACACUCUCGUGAGCUUUCUUGGGACAGAGGGAGGUCAGAGCAGCACCACCGAUGCACAGCCAGGCAACACCUUAAGUCCUGCCAAUAAUUCACAUGCCAGAAAGGGGGAAGUGAUUUACAGAGUCCAAAUUGUGGAUCCUAGUCAAAUUCUAGAAGGGAUCAACCUGUCAAAAAGGAAAGAGCUGCAGUGGCCUGAUGAGGGGAUUCGAUUAAAAGCUGGAAGAAACAGCUGGAAAGACUGGAGUCCUCAAGAGGGCAUGGAAGGCCAUGUGAUUCACCGAUGGGUGCCUUGCAGCAGAGAUCCAGGUUGGCAAAAGAGAGGAGCGAACAGAUUCCUGCAGCGAGCAGAAGAUUCCUGCAGUUGUCACUUUGAUCCUAUGUGGGAGAGACUUGAAAACAGAGUGGGCUUGGUUAAGCGCCUGUCCUUCGCCCUUCACCCUGACUCCUGUCACUGUCUCCAUCCCCAAAUAAAGCUGAAAUAUUUUUUUAAGUUAGCUGCCAAGAAAACACUUUGCAUGAAGGAUAAAGUUUUGUUAAAAUACAUCCUUAAAAAAGGUUUUUCCUAUGCAUUGCCUAUGCUUUAAACCAACAAACACUUCAUUUCUAAACUAUGAUCUCAUAUUUUUCUAAUUUCUUUGCCAAAAAUAAUUGCCAUGUUUUGUCAUACAACAUGAACUCCAGUUACCUUGAUUUUUAAAAACAGACCAGUGUAGAAAUGUUCAGUUUGACACAUAGCAGUAUAAAAGUUUAAUGUACAGUGAAAGAGACUAUGAACAGACAUAGAUUUAUCUAAUUCCUUGAGCGCUAAAAACUUUAAUGAAAAAAACUGCACUAAUUUUUUACACCAAUGCACUAAAGUCUGAGAUUUCUCAGAACAUUUAUUUAUAUAUAAAAAUAAAAUCCAUUAUUUAAAUUGCCUUUGGGAUUAACCCCUUCCCUUUCCUUGUAAACAUAGGUAGCAGGAACUGUGCUGCUCAUUUUGUGUUAGUAGUGUGUACUUUAUGCCAGUACAUUGGAUGUUUUCUUUAAAAUGAAUAUUAAAUCUCAAGAUAUACAUAGCUUCAUCAUUGACUUUUCCCACAGCUAAUAGCCAGUGAAUCGGUCAUGUGAACACUACUGCCAGCUACUGUGUCCACAUUUCAGAUGAGCUCUGACACAGAGUGUGUCCCACCUGCUCUGCUUCUCUCCAUGUGGGGCAGGCUCUGCUGGGAUCGGUUUUGGGAAGAAAACACUUUUGCUUUUCAAAGAAGAUGAUGAACGUCCAGGGAUUUAAAGAAAGGAUUAUCACCUUUUAUUUAUUUUUAGAGUUCCUAGCUCUUUAAGUUAUUUACAUGCAGUUAAUCAGUAAAAUAUUUUUUCAAAUAAAAUUAUCAUCCAAAUGGUGCAGUUCUUAUUGUUAUAUCCCCUUUAAUAACUUGGCUUUUUAUUUCCCCUUUCUCUUCUUUUUCUAUUACUUGAAUUUUAUUUCCUGUAAUUUAUAGUGUGUAGGUGUAAUUUGAAAUAUUUAUAACUGUGAAAUUGACUUAAUUCAUAUGUUGUGUCAUAACUUAAAUUUUAUUGGUUUUUUUAAAAACAUGUAUUCAGGGAAAUAUAUAACUCAGAUUUACAGUUGGGCUACAUGGGAACUGCAAUUUAGAUUUAAUUUGCAACUUCUAGCAUUUUUUUAAAAAUCUUAAGAAAAUUUUCCCUUUUGGUGUGAAACUCCAAAGAAAAUUGUACAUCUCUGAGCAUUUAGGAGCAGCCAUCUUUCUGCACACCAUGUAUAGAUACUAAAAAGAAGCAAGUAAAAUUAAUUUUAGUACAUUUCAUUUAAUGCAGUAUAUUCAGAGUGUUACAAUUUCAACAUGUGGCACUAGCCAUAUUUCAGAUACUUAAUAGCUACAUGUGCCUAGUGGCUACUGUAUUAGACAGCACAGGUUUAAAGUAUCUUUUGAUGUGGUGACAGGAGAGAGAAGCUGUUUUCCCUACUAAUUCUGAUGUAAAUCUCACAGUAUAGCAUACUCUUAUAGUAGAAAGAAUGAAAACUAAGAGAGUAAAUAGCUAACAUACAGAAUCUAACAGCAUUUUUAUUUCAAACCUGUAUUUUCCCUUUUUCUAAUUUAAAAUUUCUGUGGUCAUUGAAAACCUAAUGUGCCUUGUGUUGGCCUUUCCCUAGACUUCACACUUUGCAAGAUUUACAGUUUAAAAAUACUUUUCAAAUGAUUUGCUGAAACUUUAUACAAAAAUACCCUUUCUAAAUUGACCAUUUAGAAAUGUAUUUUCCUGAUACUGUCAUUGUAUUCUGUAUUUGCCUCAUUUUGGCAAACUACAAUAUACCAUUAAAUUUCAGUGUCUUUUUUUUUUCCUGAAACAAUAUAUGAUCUAUCUAUAUACAUAUAUUUUUAAAAAUCUUAGCAAAGGAAUUAUGCUUCCUGCUGCUUAUUCUCUUUCUGAAAUGAAUAUGAUCUUUUCAUGGUCAUUGCCUAGAUGAGACAUAGUGGAAUCUUUUCAGUCUCAGAUGGGAGAUAAUUCAUUUUCACACAGAGAAGAAAAAUCUGAACUUCACAUUAUUCAGUCAGAAGGGCUCAGAUUCUUUUUAUUCCUAGCUCCUUCCCUCCAAAAUUGUGAAACACAUUACAUACUCUGAAAAGUCAGAUUUCCAAUGCAAGACUAGAUUUUAUAUGGAACAUAUAUAUUGUGUCUUAAUUCUGGGUAGCAGUUGAUGGACAUUUUUCUCAAAGCAAGUUGAAUUUUAACUAGUGAGUUUAUUAUAAUUAGGAACCCUAAGAGAAGCCCUGUUCUUAUUUUUGAGUCGAAAAUUGGUAUUUCUUUUAAAAAUUACAAUACUUUUCUAAUAGUUGCAUCAGGCGAAAUAGUGAUAAAUGAAGAAAGAUUCUUGUCUUAAGAAUAAUUUGACCUAAUUAAUUAUAUAGAAAUAAACACACUUUCAUUAAUUAAGUUGAUAAGAAAUAUUUUGUUCCUGCUCCCACCCCCCUCCCCACCUUGGAGAAUAAUGAGCUGUUUGUUUAGAUUCUCUGCUUAACCUUUGUCAUUAAUGUACAAGACUCUGGCAUACAUUAGUGUCUUUAGUUCAUAAACGCCAAAACUUUCAGAGUUCCAUAAUUUGAAAGUAAAAAGGUGUAAUUAAAACACCAGCUUUUUAUUCAUUUCCUUUAAAUAGAGUUGCAUGAUUGAAAGCUUUCUGUUUUGUCUUGUUUUUGUUUUUCCUCUUGAGUGAGUUAUAAAUUGUUGCCUUUUCUUUAUUCCUCCCUUUCAUUCAGUGGCUAAAAACAAUUUAUAACUGCAAAUUAAGCUUUUGGUUAAUCUUCUAAUUUAUACCUUGGUGUGAACUUUCUUUCAACACCAUUUUUAAUACUUGAUAAAACUUUAAAUAUUGACUUUUUGCUAAAGAGCUUUAAUUUCCUAAAGAAUCUAAAUUAACAUAAUAUGUUGAUAUUUAAGGAACUUGAGAGAAUAUGAGAUGAGGAACUUGAGAUGAAGCUGUACAUAUAUUUUUUAAGAUAAGAGGAGAUUAAAUUUGUUCACCAACUCCCUAAAAUGUAAUUAAUCAGUGUUCUGCCUUCUUUGGGUUUCCACUACUGGAGGGUUAAAUUUCAUUAGUUUUGAAGUAUUUUGAAAAAUAUUUCCAAUAUAUCUGAAUACUUCUAAUCCUUGAAACAGAAAUAGACGGUAUUUCUCUUAAGUGAGAGAUGGAAAAUUACUCCCAUGUAUAAAUGUCAAGCAAUGAAAAUACAAGUUUUUGUGUAGGAAACUCAUUAAGAAGAUGUAUUUUUCUUUCUGGAUUGGUUUAUUUUUCCAUCUCAUAUCAAAAUAUAAAAAACAGCCUCACAUUUUAGCAAGGGUAACUUAGCCUUAACGAAUUCCACUUUGCUUUUGAGCAGCACCCUUCUGCCUCUGCUUAGCAACUCUUCAUUUGAUGGAUUGCUUUACCGAGUUAUUGUCCAGAACUGGGUCUUUUAAAAUUAUGAUUUGCUCAAUGUCUAAAAUUCUCUUUCUUUUUGCUGACUUCCAAGCAUCCCUCCUGAAUAAAUAUGUGACUUAAGAAAAAGAUAAUUGUAAUUUUGUGUGAGAAUUCUUUGAAUUUAUUUUUUACUAGCUACUAAACUAUGAACUGCUGCCCAGAUUGUUAAUUACAUUUAUAUUUAUUUUUAAAUUACUUCUUCAUGAAUAUGGACAAAGCCCUUUCUGGGGUUAUUUGUUAAAGUCCACAAUAUUCAGUCUCAUCCUUUUUUGUAGUAUGAUGUAAUCAUGUAAAGUUACCUUGUCUGUACACAGACCCAGUUAAGUUUUUCUUUUGAUAUGAUAUAUUGUUCUGAUAAGGCAUAAAAUACCUCUUUUUAUUCUAGAGGCUUUUACUUUAAUUCCAAGAUGAUUAGAGAGAAUGAUGUCAAUCAAGGCUAAGAUGAUGGUACAUGGAACCUGCAAUGUACCUGUAAAUGGACUUUGAACUUUCUGUGUCAGUCUUACGUGGAUAUUGAGCUUUAUUGAUCUGGAGAAAGAUGAAAAUUAGAUACUACCAUGUAUUUAGGCAGAUAAAUUUUAAUAUUACAUUGUAUAUGUAUAGCUUUUUAAAAUUAAGUAUUAAAAACCCAGCCCCUCUUUUUUUUUUUUUAUUUCUCUUUCUUAAAAAUCUGGUUGAUAUAUACACUCAGGCUGUUUCAUUUUUAACUUGUUAAAUGUUUAGGUAAGAAGAGUAAUUGGAACGGAAUUAAUUAUUAUACAAAGAAAUCUGGUAGGAUAAGAGUGGAAUAUCUUGCUUGAAACAUAAAUAUAUUUUCUACUUUGAAUCACCUCACUAGGGUCAUCUGUCAAGAAUUAUGUGUGUGAAGAAUUUCUCUUUAUUGCCUAUAAGCCACAUAUUCUUUCUGAAUUAGGGUAAAUUCAACCUAUUUGUGAGUUGAACUUCAUUAUCUGACACUUUAUGGAAUCAACAUAACAUUUUUUAGGGGAACUAGACCUGAUUGUCACUGCAAGGUUAUAGGACAACUUUGUUCUAAGACUUAUACCUAUUAUAUAGGGUUAUACUUUUUUUUUAUGCCUCAGUUCUAUACCUGACAAUUUAUGAUUCAGUGGAGCCAAGCUAGAAGGAACAAAAAGGUCAUCUAACACUGUGAUGAGGAUGAAUUCCUGGUGUUAUCUGUACAUGUAAUGUGAUACCCUGGAAUUCAAAACAGAAUAAUAAUAGAGAAUGAGAUGGCUGCUCCAGAUGACUCUUGGGUUUAGUGUAUUUGUGGUUGAACAAGAUUUUUUAUAUAUGAAGCUUCAUAAUACAACCAAAAUAAUAGAAAUGUGGGGAAAGUCAUGUCUGCUUAUGCUUUCUAAGAGCUUAUAGUUUAAGUAAAAGUAAAUUGUAAAAAACUGAUAAUUCUAUUCAAGUCUGGCAAUGAGCUCUGCAUGAGGAAAUGGAACGAAAACUAAUAAAAAUGAUUCUAGAAAAGUAGGUCUGAGGAAGGAAAAUGGGUAUCCCUUUUCUGAUUAUGGGCUCUGGAAAGUAUUCAUUGCCUUUACCAGCAUUCAGUAUAAACCAGAGGAAAGAAUAUAUGUACUUGCGUGUGUCUGUGAGAGUGUGUGUGUCUGAGUGUUAUUCUAAACAGCUUGUAAAUAUUGUAGUUGUUUAAAAUGGAAAAUAAAAGCUGAGUUUUGUUUUUCUUUUUUUGGCAAAUAUAUUGCAUCAAAAAUACAGUAUUGACAGUGGAUAAUACACUGAGGAAAUAAAAAAAUUUUUCAUUUUGC